AUGGCAGAACCUAGGCUCGGGCUCUCUGAGGUUGUCUCAGAAGAGCGCACCGAGCCAUUUUCUCAAUCCGAAAUUGACGCCCGCUUCAAGGGGAUUGGUGUUGAAGAACCAGUCCCUACUGCUAGCUCUUCGCUUGUCUCGUUAGACGAGCUCCACGUCGAGGAUCACCACCACAGGCAAGGCAUCCGCAUUCUAUUUCGUCCCCUAGCCAACUUCCCCAAGUCGCGGUCUGUGAGCCCUGGUAGUGAAAGUUUACAGUGGCUCGCUCUCCGCGCCGAAGUGGCUUCACCAGAGCAGCCUGAGCACAAAGUUCUCGCUGUGACUCAGACCUCCAAAGAUAUCAAAUUCACCGUCCGUAUCCCCGGUGAGACUCAGGAUGACUAUCCAAGGCCCCCUUUGUGGUGCGAGCUAUACUACGAUCCCGCUAGUGACAAAGUCAUCUUCUUGAACAGGUCAGACCUGCCAAUUUCUCUGUCAGGAGUGUCACCGACGCCGCCGUCAAGCCCUUACAGUCCCUCGCAUGUCGUCAACCCCGGAUCAGCCAAGGCUCUGAGGCCUGGAACAUGGCGCAUUACGCUUCGAGACAUGGAAGUCCUCGACUUCCGAGUACUUGAAAAGCGCCCAGUGAUACUGUAUCAACCACAGCAACCGUCUAUUGUCGAGGAUGUUCCCUCGGAGUCCAGCACCCCCACCGUGAACUCGAGCGGCAAGCGGGCCCUUUCUCCGGAGUAUGACGAGAAGAGAGUGAAACGUCGUGUCUCAGACCCGAAUACACCCGGUGACGACGGUGUUGUUAUGUUCCUCAGGCCUUCCGCGGAUCCCUUGGUUUUCUCCCUCCCAAAUGGUCGCGAGAGCAAGGAGCUCUCCUCGGUGAAUGGCCAUCCUCUGCUGGACGCUGAAAAGGGUGAAACUGCUGCAAUCUCAGGUGUCUGCGAAGUCGAUGAGUACGAACUCACCAAGCGAGAGCCAAUUGCCUCGACUUCCUUGUCUGCCGUAUACACAGCAACACACUCCCACGUACCGAACAACAUCGUUACUGUCAAGGUACUCAAGACGCGCGUUGCCAACCCCAAUGACAAGGCGCUCGUCCACGAGCGGACUGUCAUCCGUCAGGCCGACAUGUGGCUUCGUGAGUGUAGGGGUCAGGAAGACCUGCAGCACAAGUCAAUUGUUCGUUACUAUGGUGGUGAUGCUCGAUUCCUUUCCCUAUACAUGGAGCACAUCGACGCAAAGGACCUGACUUCCAUGCCUCGAUGGAGGAAUAAUACCAACGAUGAGUUCAUUGGCGACAGAAACGAUGCUGCCAGGAUCUUGGGAGACAUCGCCGGCGCCCUCAACUACAUCCACGGUCGCAAGCUGGUGCACAACGAUAUCAAGCCCGCCAACAUCCUCUACUCGCCAGAGAGAGGUGCGGUCCUUUGUGACUUUGGUCUCUCUACACCGGCCACUGCUACUAAUUCGCCGACCGUUGGCGGAACACCGUACUACGUUCCUCCGGAAUUCAUUGGUCGAAAACAACGCGGUCCUGCUUCUGACGUUUGGGCACUCGGUGUCACUAUGCUCUACGUGUUGCGCAAAAUAACGUACCCUGACUCUCGUGCUCAUCGACGACACCCGCGACCCCUUUAUUGGUUGAUCGCUGGGGUGAACAGUCCCAACAUGCCGCACAAGCAGUAUGGAAAUGGUCAACCCGCUAUGAAGCAGAUGCGAGAUUGGCUUGCCGAGAUCUUCGAUGCGAGAAAGAGUCUGAAUCCCAAGGACCGACUCGAGCGGAUCGUUAUGGAGAUGCUAUACCCUAACCCCAACCAACGUAUCACUAUGGCCAAAGUGGUACAAGAGUUGAGUGUAGAACAGGCUGCUGCUCCUACGGGAUGA